ACUGAAGUCAGGAAACUGCCUUUACAGAGCAUUCAAAAGCCCUUUUAUUCUUAAAAAAAAAAAUCAGAUCCAGGCUUCUGUUAAAUACAGCAAAGGCUGCCAUCAUUAAAACAUUGGGGCUGCAAGUUUGGCCACAAAAAUGUUAUAGUAAUGCAGCUGGUAUUCAGUCCUUUCUCUCGGCAUUGCCAAGUCUGGCUUUUAUUUAUUUAUUUAUUAAUAUUCACAAGUCUCAUGUCUUUCUUUCAUUCCAUAAAGCCUCAGUGUUUACAAGCAUCUUCUCAUCUGAGAAUCUCAGCUUCCAGUUUUUAAAGAUCUGCUACUAGCCCUCAUGGACAGAGACAAAGCAUGAACACGUGAUAAGGCUGAUCCUCACAGGCAAAACCCGAAGGCUUAUAAAACACCACAUUUAAGAAUUCAAAUCAUGAGUUUUUAAAGAGGAUCUCAUGAACUUGGACUCCCAUUUAUAUGUCUCAAAUGAUCAGUGUAGACUGUACUAAUGAUUGCCUGGGUCAUGCCAUGAUUUCAGUGCAGAGGUGCCAGAGAGCACUGCAGUACUGAUGGACUGGGGGAGGAAUCUUCCUUCUAUUUAAUACAUUCCUGUUGUAACUUCAUGGCCUAAGCACUUGCCUUGUGCAGCCUGUUCACUGUGUGUUUCAUAAAGGCCAGAGGACUCAUCUUGUUGCUCUGAAAGUGCUUAGCCCAUCUUUGGCUGGAUUUACUAUACAGGAAGAACAAAUGGUUGCUUAGGAAAGCAGUGGAUAUAAUGAGAGUGCUGGGCUGGACUUUUUUCAAACAAAUAAAAGCCAGCAACUCUCAGUUUGGCGUGGACUCUGCCCGUUUGUUUGUUGCACCACCCCAUUGUCUUCUCAAUCCCUUUUUUUCCCAUUUGUUAUAGCAUUUCGCAAACCAUAGCCUGUGUAAUUCCUGGAGGAAAACAGUUCACCUCCUGCAAAGCUGUAGCAAAACUGAUGCAUCGUGGCUGUUUCCCAAUCUUCCCUGCUUCACUGACUUCUUGUAAUUUGGAAAUUCUUUUAGCUUCUCCUCACAGGGGCUACUUGAUGAGAGGAAGUGUAACCUUCCUCCACCCAGCAACAAAAAUGCGAUGGUGCUGGAGCACUUCCCAUUUUCACAAUGUCUCUGUACAGCACAACAUAGCAGUGGAACUGGCCGCUAUCUUCUUCCCCAUUCUUCAGGUGGAGGAACCACGGAACAGAGAUGUUAACCGACCCACAAAGGACAGCGCAGGGAGAAGCGAAGCCUGCAAGCUCCGCUACCUCAGCCUGGCAAAGCCCUGCCUGCGGCUCCACUUGUACCAGCGCUGCUGCCAUAUGGCUGACGCCGGAGUAACAACGGAAUUUUUUAACUUGGGUCCACUAGAAACAUAGCCAUAUAUCGAGCUGUUUUCAAGAUCAAAAUGCAGCAGAAAAAUGAAAAACUGCAGGCAACAUUUGCUCUGGAAAAGAAGUCAGUUGCUGGCCCAGUCUAGAAGAUGGACCACUGGAUUUGGGGAGCUUGGGAAAUACUGCUUCCAAAAGCAAUUUUUCCUAGCUAAGAAGAAAAGACACAGUGCUCAGCUAAUUGUGAGCUUAAAUCACAACAAACUGUACAGAAGACUGCAGUGCAGAAGGAAGGCACUUGAGCUCCAGAGCAGGUGGGCUCUUGAGGCGCCUCUAAAUGCAGAAACCUAUCAAAAGCCUGCUACUGAACCGUACAGAUUUCCUCUUACUGAGAGCAAAAAGAUCCUGUCCCUAUCCCAAAGCCAAAAGCCCAUCUGGAAAAGUAGUAAGAAAACUCAACAAUGAAUUCUUUCAGAGUGAAGAUCACUUGAAUGAAGAAUUUGAAACUGUUGCAAUUCUUAAUAGCAUCUCUGGCAACAGCCGUUAUGUCUCAUGUGGUACACUGGAUGGUGCUGCCUUACCUGUAAAGAAAGGUAGUUUUGUAUAUAGCAGGGAGGAGAGCAAUAAUGGUAAGGGCAACAGAGUCCUCGUAGUUUUAAACAACUGUAAAAGGAAAUGGUGUUGAAAAGGGAGUGGAAUGGAACUUGUGGACCCUUGACAACUAUAAAGAGGUCCAAAUUUAACCAUCAUACUGUAAAAAAGAGAUCUUUAUUUAUGAUGCAUAAGAAACUUUCUAUGGUUAGAUUUCGCUAUAGAAUUAUAAAAUCUCCACAACUUCGAGCAAGAGGCAAAACCUGCAAAUUGAGAAAAAUCAAGCCAAGGUGGGUGAAGAAAGUUAGGGGGGACCAUCCAGAGACGCUUCAGAGAGAUUUUGAAAGUGGAUUGUGUAAUUGGCUUUCCUACUGGAAAUCUAAAAGUAACCGUGUUUGGAACCGGUACAGCUUAACAGAUAUGAACCAUAAUACACCCAAAUCUUUAGGUGAGGAGAGUGAACCAUGCACACAUGAGGUCCGCUUCACACAGGAUGCGUUACCAUGUGCUGAGCGGUGUUCUGAGGAGCCAGAAUCCAGAAGGCCUGAUGGCAGUGCAGAUGCUGUCCCACCAGAACUGCAUGCUAGAGCAUCUCCAGAGGCAGAGACCUUGCAGCAGGUGGAGACCAACGGGGCUGUGGCAGAGGAGCAUUGCUCUGACAUUUUCAUCUCUGUGACAGGAAAAGAAAUUUCUGUUUCAGGUCAAGAUGAUGCUGAAUCUAAAGAGGUUAUGGGUGUAGAUGGAAUGAUACUGUCGCAAUCCUCACAGGAUUCCGAUGUCAAUCAUAAUUUUUCAAAUGGACCUUUAUCCAUGGAGCUUGCACAAAAGGAGGACAGCCCUAGCCAAAUGGAAGUAGAAGGCUCCUUAAACCUGGACAUUUUUAGUGCAGAGUUACUAGAUCACCCUUACUGUAAAAGUCCUCUUGAGGAGCCUUCACCAGAAAGCACACGACUAAAAUCUGGAACUCAUAAAGGAGGCAAAAGGAACAGUCAGAAAACUUCUCGGGUGGCUGAUGAGCAGUUGGCGACGUGGCUUUGUGGAUUCCUAGAUGAAGUUAUGAAGAAGUAUGGCAGUUUAGUACCACUGUGUGAAAAAGAUGUCAUGGGAAGAUUAAAUGAAGUCUUUAAUGAAGAUUUCUCCCAUAGAAAACCUUUUAUUAUGAGGGAAAUCGUGAAGUAUCGGGAAAAACAUCCAAAAACCUCCAUGUGCAAUUUCCGGGUCUUCUAUAAUAAGCACAUGCUAGACAUGGAUGAUUUAGCUACACUGGAAGGCCAAAACUGGCUGAAUGACCAGAUAAUUAACAUGUAUGGUGAACUCGUAAUGGAUGCAGUCCCUGAAAAGGUUCAUUUCUUUAACAGUUUUUUUCAUAGACAGCUCGUAACCAAAGGAUAUAAUGGGGUGAAACGAUGGACUAAAAAGGUGGACUUGUUUAAAAAGACUCUCUUGUUAAUUCCUAUUCACCUGGAAGUCCACUGGUCCCUCAUUACUGUGAACAUCCCCAAUCGAAUUAUUUCAUUUUAUGAUUCCCAAGGCAUUCAUUUUAAGUUUUGUGUAGAGAAUAUUCGAAAGUAUUUGCUGACUGAAGCAAAAGAGAAGAAUCAUCCUGAGUUUCUUCAGGGUUGGCAAACGGCUGUUACAAAGUGCAUUCCACAACAGAAAAAUGACAGUGACUGUGGGGUUUUUGUGCUCCAGUACUGCAAGUGCCUCGCCUUAGACCAGCCUUUUCAGUUCUCCCAGGAAGAUAUGCCCCGAGUGAGAAAAAGGAUUUACAAGGAGCUGUGUGAAUGCCAGCUAAUAGACUAAUAGAAUGCAGCCAACCUAAUUUCUCUGGCAUUUCUGACAAGUUGCAGCUGGUGUUUGUGUACUUGAAUUUCUGAAAACUUCCGUGAAUUUUGAAAGAUUCUCAGCUGAGUGGUAUGGCCACUUGUUACCUCACUUUUUUGACACGUUCUUUAACUGGCAGAAGAUAACAGAACUGCCAUAAAAUAUCCCUAAUGUCAGUUUGGUUCCCUUAAAUUGUUUCCUGUAUUUAAUAUUUAUUAUCUCAGCAUGCAUAUAGGCAAAGCAUGCAACUAAAACUAUAAAACUGUAGAUUUGGUGCACCUUUGAGAUGUAGCUAGAAAUGACAAAUACAGGUGAAUUUGUCUGGAAGCAUAAAGAUGCAUGAUAUGUUUUCUGAUGCAAUAAUGCUUUGAAUGUAUCAAAAAAAAAAAAUAAUCCCAUAAAAAGAACAGAUAGAAUCUGUUUGGUAGUUCCAUUGUCCCUGUUGUGGCUGUAUAAUACUGAAUCACUUUUUAGGGUGGCUAAACUCAUCUACAGGUUCAAUUUGUGGAGACCCCUUUUCUAAAUAGUUCAAGUUGCUAAUAAGGUUUGCUUUGUUAACAUUUAUCCAGUGUCAUUAUCAGCCUGUCCCUGUAGAUAAAAAGCAGACUUUGCACAAAAAAGCUUCAGCACCUGUCUGUAUAAUAAAAAGUACAAAGGUGUUCAGUCAGUCUGAUUAAUGGUAUGUUCCUAUAUGCUGCAGAAGUCUCCAUGGUGUGUGUAUUAAGGAGAGUUAUAAAGCUGGCCCCGAAGAGUCACAGCUUAGAUACUGAGAUGAACUCCUUGCUGUAACUGUUUAAAUCUCAGAUGACUUUCAGUCAUUUUUCAGUUCCACAGUAUGCAGUGAAAUGUACCAUUUCAGCAUCUGUCCCUUCAGCUCUGUCUUCAAAUGAAUUUCUGUCAAGCUUGUUGUCUUUAACCUCCUAUUCGCUUUUGCCUUUGUUCAAAUAUAAAUUAAUUCAUUUCUGCUGCA